ACAACGACUAAUCAUAGAAAGAAACGCAUUUUACAUUUCUUCCUAUUCUCUCUUUCUGACCAUAAAAGCUAGAGAGAGACAAACAACACACGCUCCUCAAUCGUUUUUAGACAAAACCCAGAAAAAACUAGAGAGAAGCCGGUCUAUUCCUCUCUAUAGGAUUCUAUUAUUUGACCCUUUUUGUGCUUGGUGGAUCUAAAGAGAAAGCAACCCAGUUGGUGGUUUAAAGUUCUCUUGCUUUUGUCUUUGCUUGUUUUAUUCUUCUGUAGUAAUCGGAGAGGGAUAGGAUGGAGAUGGUGUAUUAUCCGCUAGCAAAGAGUUCUUACCAGGACUCCUUGAAGGUCUUGGAGGCCGAUAUACAGCAUGCUAAUUCCCUGGCUGCUGUCAUUCCAAGGGCAAAGGGUGGUGCGCGUCUUGAGAUGAAAUUGGUUUAUAAUCACUUAGCUCCGCUCUUUCUGUUUCUGUUACAAUGGAUGGAUUGUUCCUGCAUUUGUCUACUCCCCAGAUACCUAAAUUUCUUCCACAUACUUGUGUACAAGGUUUAUAGUGAUGGUAGACCAAAAUUAUCAACUUGGGGAAGGAAAGCAACAAUUAAAGAAUUUUAUGGUAUUAUAUUACCCUCUCUUCAACGCCUCCAUGGCAACUUGGGGGAGUUGAAUGAUUUGGAGGAAGGCCAUCCUAGCACCGAUAGCUUCAAUGAAAAGAGAGUUGAAAGAGAUAACAGGAUUGUAGAUAUUGAUUGGGAAAGAGAAGAUGAAUGUGGGAUUUGUUUCGAACCUUGCACCAAAAUUGUCUUACCUAAUUGCUGUCAUGCAAUGUGCAUCAAAUGCUAUCACAAUUGGAACAUAAAGUCGGAGUCAUGCCCUUUUUGUCGUGGCAGCUUAAAGAGAGUUAAUUCAGAAGAUUUAUGGGUUCUUACUUGCAAUGGUGAUGCGGUUGAUCCAAAAACAGUCUCCAAGGAGGAUUUGUUGCGUUUCUACCUCUAUAUCAACAACCUGCCAAAAGAUUACCCAGAUGCCCUUUUCUUAGUGUAUUAUGAAUACUUGUUGUGAUUUAACGAAUCAAAAGUGAACUGUGUGUACAGUUAGAACUUAGAAAUUCCGACCUUCAAAUGUAAAUGAGGACUGGUUUGCAGAAUUCUCUCUGAUAUUGAACUGAUACUUGUACGAAGUGCAAGAAAUUCACUGUAUUGAUACUGAAAAGUGUUCAUCUCUGGAAUUGGCUCCAUGUUUGAUUCAUGAACAUGUUGAGAAUUGUAUCUGAGAGGUGUGUUGAUAUAUAUGCACAAUUCAUUCAUACUUUUCUGUUGAA